AAAAACCUUGUCCUCCCCUUCCCCCAUCCUCUCGCGUGCUCUUUUCUGCCUCCCAUACCGCCUCCAUCCCGUCGCUCUACACCCCAAUCUCACGUUCCGCGCAUCUCUAUUGCCUCCACGGGUCUCAGAGCGAGCAGACCUUCGAAAGCCGCCGACAAGCACACUUCCGGCAUCACCGCCGCCUAGAACGUCUACAAGAGGAGGGAAUGCGUCAAGAUGGUGCCUUCGGUGAUCAACUCCUUCCCCGACUACCACGGUCGCUAUGAAGUCGGCACAGUGGACGUCGAAAUCCCGGCAGCCAAUUUGCCAGCUCCUUCGGCUUCGCCGGAGAAUGCACCACCCACCGUUGCCUUCCGCAUCUUCUACCCGUGCGUCCAACCUGCGAGCGGCGAUGCGAAUCGGCCGGUACGAUGGAUUUCCCAGCCCCAGCGGCUCACUCUCGCCGCGCUCAUGAAGUUCCUCGGGAUGAAAGAGCGGAUGGCGGGCCUGGCAUCUUAUUUGCCGCAGCACUUCUACUACAUCAACCUCCGCGCACACCGCAAUGCCAAGUUGCUUGAAGCACCAACAAGCAAUGGCCGAUGGCCCGUCACCUUCUUCAGUCACGGCCUGGCGGGCAGCCGGAACGCAUACAGCUACAUCUGCGGAGACCUCGCGAGUCAUGGUAUGAUAGUCAUUGCCAUGGACCACCGCGACGGGAGUAGCCCGGUGCAAUACGUUCGCGCUACCACAGACACCCCAGCACAUGUCAUCAACGCCGUCAAGAUCAGUCACGAGCCUUGUGAAGAGGUAUGGCAGGCGCGCGACAGGCAAUUACGAAUUAGGCUGUGGGAGAUCAGCAUGGCCUAUGAGGCGCUGAUGCAGAUUGAUGCUGGCCAGGCAGUGGAGAAUCUAGACUGCAAUACCAGCAACAAGCGGCAGGAACGUGUGGAGGUGUUGUGGCAGUUUGAUGGCAAGCUGGACAUUCAUCGAGCGGGAAAAGUUAGCUGGGCGGGGCAUUCCUUUGGCGCUGCCACCAUGACCCAGCUGGUCAAGAGCAUCUACUACUCCGCCGAGCGCCCUGCGGAAUCUGGGAAGCCAUUGAUCAAGCCCAACCCCGACGCCGCCGUCCUCCACCAAAUCAUGCCCGAAUCGCCUCUCCUUAUCCUGGAUAUGUGGGGCCUCCCACUUCAAUCACCUGAUCAGGCGUUUCUCUGGGAUCGGCCAUUGCCAGCUUACACCACUGGUGACCCUCAGGCCGUGAACGUCUUGUCUGUGCUCUCCGAAGGCUUCUUCAACUGGAAAGACAAUACCAACAUCAACAAACACAUCGUGAGCGGAGACACUGGUCGGGCACAAGAAGCGGCGCCGAGCACCGGACCAAAAGAAUCGAGUGGAUCGCGCAUGUUUUACGUGCAACGCAGCCAGCAUUUCAACCAUAGCGACUUUGGCAUCUUGUUCCCCUUCCUCGCUCGCCGUUUCACCAAAGCCGAGGAGCCCGAGUGGAUACUAGAGCUGAACACGAGAGCAAUGGUGCAGGCGAUGCGCGAGGCGGGCAUCGAAAUGGUCGGCACAGACGACCGGGACAUCUUGUCUCCCACCAGCCACAUACGGAAGUGGAUUGCCAUUCCGAGUGACGAGGGCAAUGAUCGCGAUCGUGUUAGUGGAGAGUCGGCAUUGAACCUGUUGGAUCGGAAAUUGUCGCUGCAUUCGAUGCACGACACUGCCGAACCCACGGAUCGAACGAGCUCCGGAGAACAGGUGCAGGGGCAGUUGGAGAUUUGA